AUGCGUCAGCGUCAGACGGAAACCCCUCACCAGUGGUACCUACGCUUUUGUGAUGUGGUUGAGCGUGGUUUACCUCCUGGCCCACGACAAGAAUGGGAGGUGCUCUCCACCUUUGUCCGUGGCCCUCAUCCCAGAUAUCAACAAGCCUCGGUCCCGGGCAACCUCCCACCAAUCGCAGAUAUCAUUCAGCGGUGUUCCCGGUUGGAUGCAAAGGCCAGACUUGCCGAUCAGGAUGAUAAAGACUUUUUUGAAUUCGAACUGCCCCUAGAAACAUGUGACUUCUCCGAGUUCCGUACUCUACUUGCGAAGGAGUUUUCUAUAGAUCCAGCCCAAAUCAAGAAGGUCCGGAAACUGCCAAACACUGUGAUACGAAACGAAUCUGAUCUCAAACGACUGGUCAAUGGCGUGGAGCUGGAGGUCGUUCUGUGA